AGAAAGGCUAACGAAAGCAACCAAUCAAAAAAUGAACAAAAGUAAGAGAUAUACUUGAUCAGUAUACACUUUGAAAAUAGCAUCUUGAUUCCAGUCCUUUCAUAUUGGAAUUGCUAUCAGCUGUAAAUCUAUAGAAGUCUAUUUCCCCCGGGGAAUCGACAACAGUGACGCGCUGCGGUAAAGCAUGUUUGUAGUCUUUUUGAAAUCAAGCAUAGUGGUCCUUUAUGGCGAACGGAUUUUUUUUUUACUACAUAUUCCGGUAAAUUCUUAAUCGUUUUUUCUGUUGUACUGACUGACAAGACAGUUGUGCGCUGGGAACCAGGCUAGCGAAUUUUGUGCAUUAUCGAAUAUUCUUCGCAGAAUGGGAAUAUCAGAUGUAACAUUUGACACAACUGGUCCUGUGGUGGACUUGUCAGCCCAGGGUCUGCAGAAGCUGGAGCCCAGUUUCACCUGCUCUGAUGAAACGCACACGCUCAUCCUGGACCGGAACCACAUCAUGAAACUAGACCAUUUGGAGAGGAGCCAAGGCCUCCAACAGUUAUCUGUUGUUGGAAACCGCCUGGUGCGAAUGAUGGGUGUGUGUCGUCUGACCGAGCUGAGAGUUCUGAACCUGCCCAAUAACAGUAUUGGCUAUAUUGAAGGGCUGAGAGACCUGCCACACCUGGAGUGGCUCAACUUGGCAGGCAACAACAUCAAGGUCAUUGAGCAGCUCAACAACUGUGUGGCUCUCCAACACUUGGACCUGUCUGAUAACAACAUCUCCAACAUUGGUGAUGUUACCAAGCUGUUAGCCUUGAAGACCCUUCUCCUCCAUGGAAAUAGCAUUACGACGCUGCAGACCGUUCCCACUCAUUUGCCCAUCCAUCUGUCCAUCCUCUCCCUGGCAGAGAAUGAAAUUCGAGACCUCAAUGAGGUCUCCUACCUGGCACCCCUCCAUGACCUGGAACAGCUCUCCAUUAUGACUAACCCCUGCGUCAUGGUAACAUCCUCGUUGCCUGGAUACGACUACCGGCCGUACAUCAUGAGCUGGUGUUUGAAUCUCAAGAUCCUGGAUGGAUAUGUGGUGUCUCAGAAAGAAGGGUUGAAGGCAGAGUGGCUGUACAGCCAGGGUAAAGGUCGAUCAUACCGGCCAGGUCAGCACAUGCAGCUGGUCCAGUACUUAGCCACCGUGUGCCCUUUGACCUCCACGACAGCCCUGGAGACCGCAGAGGAUGCCAAGCUGGAGAAGAUCCUCAGCAAGCAGAGGUUCCACCAGAGGCAGCUCCUGCAGCAGACCCAGGGGGGCUUUCCCAGCCCUACCCGCCCCACCCAACUGGAUGUGGAGACUCAAAGCGCCCGCCAUGUGCCUCUAAUAGAGGAAGACAGAACCACAACGCCUGUGACUGCUCCAUCAGCCAGACAGACAGAGCUAGCGACGGUGCAGGUGAACACCUGGCUAGGCUGUGACCCCUCCCAGGUGGCCUCACCUCCUCUCCGUAGCCUCAGGGGUGUGGAGGAGCGCCUCUACCUGGAGGACGUCCAGAGCCAGACAGAUGAGGACAAACUCAGCGGCAGCCUGCUCUCCUCCGAGUCCACCUUCCUCCUAGUCACCUCUGAACCCCCCCGCUCUGACAGCGAGGAUGAGACGGAGACGUUUGAGCACGACUCGCUGGUACCCGAACACCCCAUUCAUCCCAAAAAGACCCUUGCUGAAAAGACCCUACAGGCACCCACGGGGAAAGGGAGUGAGAGCCAGAAGGAGAGAGGGAUGGAGAGAGAAAGGGUGUCAGGUGACAGCCACCUCACCUGUACCUUAACCUCAACUGCCGGUCUACCUAUGAUGGGAGAUGACCAAUCACAGACCAAUGACAGCGCUCCGCUCCAGGGAGCGUACUCAAACUGCAAUGCUGUAGAGGUGAGGGCAGGGUCUAAGCAGGAAGAUAAAGCAUUGGUGAGAUGUGAUAGGCUGGGUCGCUGUGAGGCGGACAGGGCAGCCGUCAAGAUCCAGGCAUGGUGGAGGGGAAUGUGGACUCGGCGCUGCCACCCGCUGGCCAAAGAGGUGCGGUGUGAGAUCCGCCUGCGCAGGAUGCAGGAGCACAUAGUCUUCCUUUCUGGAGAGUUUGAGAGAGUGAGGCAGCAGCAUGAAGAGGAGAGGUUGAAGAGACUGGUACAGGAGGAGGCUGUGAGGUUUCUAUGGAGGCAGCUUCAGUCCAUGCAGCAGUGGCAGUGUUCUGUAGAGGGGCAGCUGGCCAGCGUGACUCAAGCCGGGUCAUCUUUUGCUCCAGCCCUGACCUCCGGGCUCUGUGACCUCCCAGCUCUUCGACUCCCCCUACCUCUGGCCUCCAGCACUGCAAACCCAGCCUGUACAGUCCUCUCCUUCCCAGACUCUGGGUUCCAGUCAACAGAUGAACUGCAGGUGGGGCAGGAAGACACUUUCCUGAGCUGUGGGAUGGGCGACUCUCUGGAGACUGUGCGUCCGCUGGUCGUGGGGGGGUUCCUGGCUCCUUGUGGUGGGGGGAACAGUCAGGACUGCAGUCUGCUGGAGCAGUACCUGUCCUCCGUGCAACAGAGAGAAGAGGCAGAGGAGGGGGGUGCCAGCGACAGAACAGGCACACCACAGCCGCCCUCAUCUGCCGAAACAGCACAGCCUGACUCCCCCACUCAGAACACAGGAGACACACAGAGCAGCAACACACACACUGGAAAGUCCAAUUUGAAGUGCCUGUCCUGCUCCUAGUCUUCUGGGAUUGGCUAAGAGACUGCCCAUAAACUCAGUCCAUCUGUGCUGAUGAAUGUUAUUGAUGGCUCUAACAGUGCCUCAUAGACCUUACUGACUAACAUCCAUAUAGCGAGUGGCAUAUGGACUCACGAAUGUGUAUACAUUCAUAUAGCCUGGAUGACUUUUCUCAUUUUGACUUUAAAUCUCUUGGACUGCUGCUAGCCUGGAGACCUGACUGUUCCUGCAUUCAAUAAUGCUUUGUUGGUUGUCAUGAUUUGUCAGUCCAAGGACAAUUAGGCUAAUGCUUGAUUUACAUUCGGGCGACGUGGGAACGGUAGUCCCAGCAAACCUAACCUUAAUUCAUUUCGACCCCUGUGCCUGAGUCUUUGUUCUGCUGGUUGAAUCUACACUUCCUUUAAGUGUAAGUAUUAAGUCCAUCUACCCUCCAACUUUGGUCAUCUGCAACUUCCCUGUCUGUCAUGCUCAUGCAGUGGUUGAAAAAGUACCCAGUUGUCAUACUUGAGUAAAAGUAAAGAUUUUUUAUAGAAAAUGACUGGAGUGAAAGUUGCAGAGUAAAAGUCUGGAAGUAUUUGGUUUUAAAUAUACUUAAGUAUCAAAAGUACAAGUAUAAAUAAUUUCAAAUUC